AAAACCCAGAACUAAAGAAAACCAGAAAACAAAAAAACCUCAGAACUGAGAAAGAAGCGAACAAUGGCGAAGAAGACAGACCAGUUUGGGAAGCUUCUAAGCACCCUAGGGGACUUCACUAGCAAGGAGAACUGGGACGAGUUCUUCAAAAUCCGAAGCUCCGACGAGCCUUUUGAGUGGUACGCCGAGUGGGCAGAGCUCAAAGACCCUCUCAUUUCCCAAUUCUCACUCGACGAAGCGGAAGCUUUGAAUGCGCAGAUUCUCGUGCCGGGCUGCGGAAAUUCCAGGCUCUCCGAGCACCUUUACGACGCCGGCUUCAGAGGAGUCACCAACAUCGACUUCUCCAAGGUUGUCAUCUCCGACAUGUUACGCCGCAAUGUCCGACUACGCCCCGGAAUGCGCUGGCGCGUCAUGGACAUGACCAAAAUGCAGUUUGAGGCUGAGACUUUUAAUGUUGUACUUGAUAAAGGGGGAUUGGACGCUUUGAUGGAGCCCGAGCUUGGUCCUGACUUAGGGAAUCAAUAUUUAUCAGAGGUUAAAAGGGUUUUGAAAUCUGGGGGGAAGUUUAUUUGCCUUACAUUGGCAGAAUCUCAUGUUCUAGGUUUGCUUUUCUCCAAAUUUCACUUUGGGUGGAAAAUGACUGUUCAUGCCAUCCCUCAAAAACCAUCUAGUAAGCCUAGUCUUCAAACAUUUAUGGUGGUUGCUGAGAAAGAGAAGUCAAUUGUAUUGCACGAGAUAACGUCGUCAUUCAAUAAUUCUUCUCUUGGUUGCAGUGGAGAUCAGGCCCGGGGGCUCUUUCAAGCUCUUCAAAAUGAGAAUCAAAUUCGAAGAGAACACUCCUCUGGUUCUGAUAUGUUAUGCUCUAUUGAAGACUUGAGUCUUGAAGCUAGACAGGACUUGGCAAAUCUUAGCCAAGGCCGUCGGCUGCAGCUUACUUUGGGAGAUCAAGGGAGUUCCCGAUUCAGUUAUAGAGCUGUUGUUCUUGAUUCUCAGUCCCAGUUUGGCCCAUUUCUAUACCAUUGUGGGGUUUUUAUUGUACCUAAGACUCGAGGUCGUGAAUGGCUGUUCUCCUCAGAAGAAGGUCAAUGGAUGGUAGUCGAAAACUCAAAGGCAGCUCGUCUCAUAAUGGUUUUAUUGGACAGUAGCCAUGCCAAUGCCAGCAUGGAGGAUAUUCAGAAGGAUUUGUCUCCCUUGGUUAGACAAUUGGCGCCUAAGAAUGAUGACAAUCGUGCACAAAUUCCGUUCAUGACCACUGGUGAUGGGAUUAAGCAACGGAAUAUUGUUCAUCAGGUCACAUCUUCGUUAACUGGGCCAAUAGUCGUUGAGGAUGUGGUUUAUGAAAAUGUUGAUGGUGACAUCAGUCGCAUUCUACCGUCCAAAGACUUAAUAUUUCGCCGGCUCGUUUUUCAAAGGAGUGAGAAUCUGGUGCAGUCUGAAGCGAUACUCAUAAAGGAAGAACCUGUUCGGAAGACUGGUGGUGGCAGUGAGAGGAAGAAAUCUAAGAAAAAGGGCACUCAGAGAAGAAGUGAUGAAUCAUGCAACCAGCUGAAGGUCUAUCAUGGCUAUUUGGCUAGUUCUUAUCAUACUGGGAUUCUUUCUGGGUUUGUUUUGAUUUCUUCGUAUAUGGAAAGUGUGGCAUCAAGCAACAAAUCAGUUAAAGCAGUUAUAAUUGGUCUCGGAGCAGGUUUACUCCCUAUAUUCCUUCAUGGAUGUGUUCCGUCUUUGCACAUUGAGGUGGUGGAGUUGGAUCCUGUGAUCCUCAAUCUUGCAAGGGACUACUUUGGUUUCACUGAAGAUGAACAUUUGCAGGUACAUAUUGCUGAUGGUAUCAAGUUUAUUAGAGAGAUUACGGGGUCUUCACCAGCUGAUGAAGUUUCUGUUGUUCAUGGAGAUGGGAAUUCUCUCAGUGAUGCAGAGCAAACUUCUAUAAAUGGAAGUUGCAUAUCUCAUGAAGAAGGCAGGGCGAAUGCAAAGGUCGACAUAAUCAUAAUUGAUGUCGACUCUGCAGACUCAAGUUCUGGGAUGACAUGCCCUGCUGCAGAUUUUGUGGAAGACUCGUUUCUUCGGACCGUAAAGGAGAACCUUUCUGACAAAGGUCUAUUUGUUAUAAAUUUAGUUGCACGGUCCCAAGCCAUUAAGGACAACGUGGUUUCAAGGAUGAAAGAGGUCUUCAACCAUCUAUUCUGCCUUCAAGGUGAAGAUGUGAAUGAAGUUAUUUUCGGUCUUUGUUCAGAGCCCUCCAUGAAGGAGGAUUGCUUCUCAGAAGCAUCUUGUCAACUCGAGAAAUUAUUGAAGUUUCAACACCCAGAAAUGCGCCAAUGCGUUAUAGAUGCUGCAAAGAAAAUCAAACGAUUGAAGUGAAUCAGAGCUUAUUAAAAAACCUUCCUCAAUUGAAUUUUACAUGAGGUCGGUCCUCUCGAAUGGUAUCAGGUUGAAGAGCAAGCUUUUGCAGAUUUUGAAUGGAAAAAAAAGCACCAGAAGCUGGGCAGCUUUAACAAGGCCGACUCAUACAGGGAACAUGUUUACAUGGAAAUGGAACAAAAAUUGGUCUGCUAUAGAGCUACAUAUCAGAGAGUAUUUGUUAAAGGGUGCUCCAGUUCCCUAGAUGUGUUGAUUAUUCUCAUUAACUGCAUGGAUGUGAAAAAAUUGAAUGCAAUCAAGGAUGGAGAACUUGAAAUUUUGAUAUAUAUUUUUUUAAUUUGUAUUAUUUUUGGAACUACUGAUAUCAAAAGACAGAUGCAAUAUUGUUUCGCAGAUCAUCGAAAAAC